AUGGAAGUAUCUCCAUUGAACCACAAAACUCAUAACCAUGCUCGUUCUAAUAGUUUGCCUUCUAAGCCACACCCUGUCAUUCUACAAUGCAAUGAACACUUAGCCAGAUUAGGGGGGGCUUCUGAUGCCACCUCCUCUUCUUCAUUGCUCAGCCACAAACUAAGUGCCCUUCAGGAUUUGCAUAACACUGUUGAAAAAUUGAUUCAAUUACCUCAAACACAAGAGGCACUUGUCCAGGAACACCAAGAGCAAUGGGUAGAUGAGCUCUUGGAUGGGUCUCUAAAGCUCCUAGAUACAUGCACAGCAACAAAAGAUGCACUACUGCACACAAAAGAGUGCACCCGUGAACUACAAUCAAUUAUAAGAAGAAGAAGGGGAGAGGAAGUGGAGCUCACGUUAGAGGUUAAAAAAUUCUUGUCCUCAAGGAAAGUGGUGAGAAAGGCCAUUUUCAAGGCAUUGGAAAAUUUGAAGGGUCAUGCAAAUAAUUGCAACCUCUUUAUUACCAACAAAGACUAUCAAACUGUGGCCUCGGUUAACUUGUUAAAAGAGGUUGAAGUCAUCACUUUAUCCAUAUUUGAGUCAUUGUUGAAUUUCAUUUGUGGGUCAACACAAUCAAAACGAAGCACCUGGUCUUUGGUUUCAAAGCUAAUGCACAGCAAAAGGGUAUCCUACUCACUAGGAGUUGAUGAGAAUGAGUUUGCAAAAGUGGACGCUGCUUUGCAGUUCUUUGCUUUGAACAUGGCAAGCAAGUCAAAUGACAUCGAUGACUUGCGAAAUAAGUUGGCAAGAUUGGGAUCAUGCAUUCAAGACCUUGAAGAAGGACUUGAGUCACUGUUUAGGCGUUUAAUUAAAAUCAGAGUUUCCCUGCUCAACAUCCUCAAUCACUAG